CUCCCCCUUCUCUCUCCCACUGUGCCUCCCUCCCUUUCGCAUCUAUUCCCUCCCUUCCCCUUUCAGUCCUUAGCCUCAAGGAGAAACAAAGCUAUUUCCCCCCAGCACCGAGAAAAGGGAGGAGCAGCCAGCCCGGCCAACAGCGAAUGAAUCCAUAGAGUCUGCGAAUAAAAUUGACCAGGGCUAGCCGGAAAGGCACGCAGUUCCUGAUUACAGCAGCCUGAGGGGCUAGGGCGGUGGCUCCGCUCCUGCUUGGAGUAGGCUGAAGAGAUCUGCUGCGGCAGGACUGCUGUUCCAAGCCUCCGGAUUCUCGGAAACCUUGGUGAUUGCGACGCCAAGGACACUGGGAAAGGAAGCCAAACCGGGGUCCUGCUAAAGCUGACCGAGGCCAGAUUGCUGCCUGAGCUCUUCUCCGAGAAGACCACGAGAGCCCAUCUUGCCUGAACACCUAGCCUGCUUGCCCACCUCCCAGCCAGCUUGCCUGCCUGCCUGUCUCUCCCUCUCUGCCUUUCACUUCUGCUUGCUGCCCUCCCCAGGCUUAGGGCAGGCUGUGGAAGACGGCGCGCCAGGCUCGACAACGCUGGAAUCAACCUUCAAGGUCCGCAGCAAUGCGUUGGAGAAGCAUGCUGCUGGCAGCCAUCACCCUCACCUUGCUCAGCAUCUUCUUGGUCAUUUGGAUGUUAACCUGGAACUGGUCAGUCCAUUACCUCCCAUAUUACCUCCCCUGCCCGGAAGCCUUUUCUAUGAAGUUGCCAGCCACAGAAGAAAAGAAAUUUCGACCUUUUCCCCAAUUACUCUAUCCUCAGCCAAAGUUGUUAGAGCAGCAACGCAAAGAUGUACUGACGCUUACACCAUGGCUGGCUCCAAUUGUCUCCGAAGGGACAUUCAACUCAGAGCUCCUGAAUAAUGCCUAUCGGCCCCUGAAUCUCACCAUCGGGGUCACGGCAUUUGCUGUUGGGAAAUACACAAGAUUUGUCUGUCGUUUCCUGGAGUCAGCUGAAGAAUUCUUCAUGCAAGGCUUUCAGGUGAACUAUUAUAUCUUCACUGAUGACCCAGAGGCAAUACCCCACGUUCCCCUGGGACCUGGCAGAAACCUCUCAGUCAUCCCCAUCCAGGGCUUUUCCCACUGGGAGGAAAUUUCCAUGCGUAGAAUGGAGUCGAUCAACAAAUUCAUUGCCUCCAGGGGCCAUCGGGAGGUAGACUAUCUCUACUGUCUUGAUAUAGACAUGGUGUUCUGGAACCCUUGGGGUGCAGAGACUUUAGGAGACCUGGUAGCUGCCAUCCACCCUGGCUAUUUUACUGUUCCUCGGUGGCAAUUCCCUUAUGAACGCAGGCCCUUGUCCACGGCUUUUGUUGCUGACGGUGAGGGAGACUUCUAUUAUGGUGGGGCAGUCUUUGGUGGUCGAGUGGAAAGGGUGUAUGAGUUCACGGGGGGCUGUCACAUGGCCAUUCUGGCAGACAAAGCCAAUGGCAUCAUGGCUGCCUGGCAAGAGGAGAGUCACCUGAAUCGCCGCUUCAUUUCCCACAAGCCCUCCAAAGUCCUGUCCCCUGAGUACCUCUGGGAUGACAGGAAGCCCCAGCCACCCAGCCUGAAGCUGAUCCGCUUCUCUACAUUAGACAAAGACUCCAUGAACCUGAAGGACUGAUGAACGCAGUCCAGGGGCCUUCAGCUUUCACCCAAGGCUAUUGGAAGACAGAGGUGACCAGAGCUCUGUCUGGUCACCAAGGACUUGGUGAAGAAGUACUAAGGAUGGGACUGAAAGUUAAGGAAGCUGUGGAGUGAGUCUUUUAAAGGGCAGACAGGGCCCAUAUAAAGGAAGCCCUGUGCCUUUAUACAUAGGUUGCUACCUUCAAGAUUUGUUCUCACCCAAAGCAUUCCCAUCCAUCUUAGUGUCACUGUGUUUGAAAAUCCACCAUUAACGCUUUCAGCAUUUCAUUAAGCAAUCCCCAAGAAUGGCCAAGGGGAGUGAGAACAUGUCAAUAUGAAUGAGUUCAUCAGACAAGUUCCUUCUGUUAACAAAGGUCUCUGGUCAAGAGGAGGACACUGGUUACCUAGAAGGGAAGAAGAAGACUUUGAACUCAAACUUCACUAAGUUUUGUUGUGAGCCGUUGUUUUGUCUGAAGCAGAGCUAGAGGGACAAAACUGAAGCUAAUUCAAACUCUAGGGGAGAUGUAGUAACAAACAAACACAAAACAACAUGGGUUCUUGCCCUGGCUUCGGUGCUUACUACUGUUGGCUGUGUGACCUAGAGCAAGCUGUUAUCUCUUUGAACCUCAGUCUACCUACUUGUAAAAUGUGGAAAAACAUUUUCCUGCUGACUUCACAGUGGUGUUGUGAGAGUUGAAUAUGAAUGUGAAAGUGCUUUGUGAACUGUAAAACUUGAUGUCCA